AUGGCUGGCAAGGUCCUGCCCAAAAAGGUGCGGGAACAACUUGCAGCUCAUGAGCGGGAGCAAAGCAAGGCAGGAGCAGAAGGUAAGUUCGAGCCGACUGCCAAGCUCUACUGCAUCCCUCGAAACGCUGAGCGAUGCAUGGAGAUUGAGGUUCGUCAGAGCGGGAAGCACAUCCACUGCGAACCUGUGGGACCCAUCUUCAGCGAUGGCUGCAAGUACAUCAGUGUCUGCCAGUCACUUGUGACGCCUGAUGAAUUCUAUUGCGUACCCUACGACGCUAGUCACGUGCUUUUGCUGGACCUGGAGCAGGACAAAGUGGUGCAGGUGGGCCUUCCAGUGGGGGAAGAGAAGGUGACCAAGUAUGCCACAGCCGCCGCCUCCCACAAUUGGCAAGGGCGAAUUUAUGCCGCCCCUUUCCUGGCCACUCGAGUCCUUGAGAUUGAUCCUCGUUUAGGCAGUGUCCGUGAAGUCGGAGGAAGAGUUGGAAGAUCCGACAAGGCUGACUGGUGGGCUUCAGUGGCAUCUCCCAUUACCUUGAAGAUCUAUGCGAUCCCAUGGGAUGCACGGAAUGUCUUGGAGAUCGACCCCAUCAAGGGAACCUCCAAGAAGGUUGGUCCAGAUCUUGGAGGCGUCGAAGGAAAAUACAGCUGUGCAUCGGUGGCUGCUAAUGGAUGCAUUUACGCGCCACCCUACAAUGCGAGCAAGAUUCUGAAAAUUUCUGAGAAGGGAGAAGUCAGCUUGAUAGGCCCUGACUUGGGCAAUGCAACAGAAGCGCCCAGGAAGUAUUGCUGUGUGUGCCAAGGCACAAAUCGGCUCCUUUAUGCUCCUCCGCUCUAUGCCAACAGAGUGCUGGAGAUCAAUCCUGGUGGCGUCAGUCGUUUGAUCGGCCCUGGCAUCGGCAACGGAGAGGCCCUCUACGCUUGUGCAAGCAACGGCCAAGAUGCACGGAUCUACUGUGCACCUUUGGAGGCACACAGAGUACUGCUCAUCGAUCCAUUCGAUCAUGAGGUCGAAGAGAUCGGGAUCGACUUGGGGAAGGAGGCAGAGAAGUACUCCUGCAUCACAGCAGCGCCCUUGGGCCACAUGAUGUAUGCGGCACCUCGGAGCGCCCGCUAUGUUCUGGAGGUCGAUACAAAACGUAGCUUUGUGAGAGAGGUCGGAAAAGACCUGGGCUCAGCCAAGAGGAAGUUCACGGCGAUUUUGCCGGGGAAGCCUCCAAUGGCGCCUUCCAUGUUGAGAGCGAGAACCGCUUCGCCUAAGCAAGGCCCUUCAAGAGGUGCUCCGAGCCUUGGGCGCAAUGCCACGGAGGGGCGGAAUAGCCUCGCUCGCAGCGCCAGUCCGAGCAAAAGCGCGGAGCCUUCCGGUGGGACGGGACUGGUUGCUAAUGUUCUCCAUGCAGUGGAUGGUGAGACAGUUGGCCAAGAUGAGAUGUGCAAUCCCAAUAUGUUUCCAUCAUGCAAGAUUGGUCUACCCAUUGGGAGGAAGAGCCCUGGAACCUCCUGGUCCAGCAACAGCACCACCUUCGCGGUCAAGGCGAGUCGUGCUUCCUUGCCAUGGCGCAGAGGCUUCAGCUACAAGCGCAAUGAUGUCUAUGGUCUUGCCUGGCCUACCUGGACCUCACUGGGGAAAACCGAAGGUGUGUUAGCCAUCCACAUGGGCCAUGAUGCACAGAUCGUUUUGGCCAUUGGAAGCCGCAUCCAAUGCGUUUUGGAACUGGAAAGACUCUUUGGGAGGCGUUACUUCUUUCCCAAACUGGACGAUUUCAACAAAAACUGGCUUACUGCAGCAGAGACCGUUCGGGACCAGUGUGAGUGCGAGGACGGUGCUUGUCCUGCCACCUUUGAAUAUGGUUUGAUUGUGGAUUUUGGGAUGUACACGCGGUAUCAGAGUACCUUGCUUCCGAAGCUUAUGGACACAGUCUUUUCUGUAAAAGUCUGGCGAAGUGUGAAUCAUCAUGAGGCGCAUGCUCUCAUGGCAUAUCACAGCUCUCCCUUUAGAUCAGCAUUCAUCCUCUCUUUUGAUGGGGGCGGCAACGACGGCACCUUCAACGCGUUUCUGGGGCAUGGUCUGGACAUUGACCGCAUCGGGCGUCGCAACAUCAAUCUUGGAAAGAUUUAUGAGCGCAUUGGCUCAUUUUUGCCUGCAGUCACUGGGCUUCCUGCAGUGCUGGAUAAGUUUUGUCCAACCGUGCGCAAAGACGGAGAUGACUGGUCCGACGGAACAAUCUAUUGGCAGGCUGAGAAAAGAGAGGGAUUUGCUGGCAAGCUGAUGGGAUACUCAGGAAUCAGAGCUCCAUCAGCGGAGGCCAGUCGGUGGUUUCGCAAAAUGUAUCAGAGAGCUGAAGAAGGAGUUUAUGACAUGCCUGUUGCAGUGUUGCAUAUGAUAUGUGAUUCAGAAGAGGCCCGGCAGGCAGUUGCGGCAUCUGCCCAGGAUGAGUUUGCCAAGUUUGUGCAACCUUUGGUUGCAGGCUACUUACUGCAGUUGAAGCUCAAGGGUAUCAAGGUGGAAGGCAUUGUAUUGGUGGGGGGCUGUGCACUCAAUGUGCUGACCAACCAAAUCAUCCGUGAAACGUUGACAUCAUUUACAUCUGAGAUGCCCGACAGUAGCAAGCCAAAGGAUGUCUAUGUGCCGCCUGCUCCGAAUGAUGCAGGUCUAGCGAUUGGAGCUGUGUGGUCUCUAUUUCCACCUACUGUGCAACAGCCUUUGCAAUACCUCGGCUUUCGGCUGUUUGAUUUAGAGACUCUUGGCGAACACGCAAAAGAAAGAGGUGCCCAGAAGCUUUCAGAUCUUGGUGGCCUCGAGUAUUUGGCAGAGCUCUUUGCUGGGGGUUCUGCCUGGCAAGCAGAUCCCCGAAGCCGAAUGAAUGCCAAGCCGAUCAUUGCGGUGGUGCGAGGCCGACAGGAGUUCGGUCCGAGGGCGUUGGGCCAUCGUUCCUUGUUGGCCUUUCCCGACGCCGACAUGAAGGAUCGGAUGAAUCGCAUCAAGUUCCGGCAGUGGUACCGCCCUGCGGCGCCCAUGAUCGCGGACGAAGCGUUGGAAGAGAUCUUUGGGCAUAAAUUUCGAUCGGCCUACAUGGAAUUUGCGCCGCUGGUGAAGGAGGAUGUAAGGAAGCGAUUUCCUGGUUUGAGCCAUUUUGACGGUACUGCAAGACAUCAGUCAGUGGGCAAGGAAGAUGAACCCUGGAUACAUGCCUUACUUCUGGCUGUUGGCAAGAGAACUGGCCUUGCUGCCCUAAUCAACACAAGCUUUAAUUCCAAAGGUAAGCCAAUCACCAACACAGUUGAAGAAAGCUUGGAGAUGCUAGACACUCUGGAAGACUUGGACUUCGUUCUUAUCGAGGAUUGGCUUUUCCGACCCCCUGCAGUGCGCAAACCCAUGAAAGAGAACCCUGAAAAACUGGGUGUGACCUAUGUAGAGCAAAACUUAACGACAACAUAA